GCGCCGGAACGGGCGGGGCCCGCGCAGCGCGGGCGGAAGUCGCGGCCGCCGCGCGUCGGAGCUUCCGCCGGGGCGGGCGGGGUGCGGGGAGCGAGGGAGCGCGGCGGGAGCGGCAGCAGCGGCGGCGGCGGGGGGAGCACGGAAAGCCGCAACCAUGACGGUGGGGAAGAGCAGCAAGAUGCUGCAGCACAUCGACUACCGCAUGCGGUGCAUCCUGCAGGAUGGCCGCGUCUUCAUCGGCACGUUCAAGGCCUUCGAUAAGCACAUGAACCUCAUCCUCUGCGACUGCGACGAGUUCCGCAAGAUCAAACCUAAAAAUUCAAAACAGCCAGAGCGAGAAGAGAAACGAGUCCUUGGUCUUGUGUUGCUGCGAGGGGAAAACCUGGUGUCCAUGACGGUUGAAGGACCACCUCCAAAAGAUACUGGAAUUGCCCGGGUACCCCUCGCUGGAGCUGCUGGAGGACCUGGUGUUGGGAGAGCAGCAGGGAGGGGAGUUCCAGCUGGUACUCCCAUGCCACAAGCUCCAGCAGGAUUAGCUGGCCCUGUCAGAGGAGUGGGAGGACCAUCCCAACAGGUGAUGACACCCCAGGGUCGUGGAACAGUUGCAGCUGCUGCUGCAGCAGCCACUGCCAGCAUAGCAGGAGCCCCAACUCAGUACACACCAGGGCGUGGGGGUCCUCCCCCACCCAUGAGCAGAGGAGCCCCUCCUCCAGGAAUGAUGGGACCUCCUCCAGGCAUGAGACCACCAAUGGGCCCCCCCAUGGGAAUGCCACCUGGCCGAGGGGCUCCCAUGGGAAUGCCCCCUCCAGGCAUGAGACCACCACCCCCAGGAAUGAGAGGACCCCCUCCACCUGGCAUGCGCCCCCCAAGGCCGUGAGAGUUCUGUAAUGUACCUCUGAACUGGGAGAAGACCAAGGAAGGGGAUACACUGAGUAGUGCCACCUGUCAGACGUUUGCUAUGUAUAUUUUAUAUCUACUGCUGGUAAUGUUUGCCCUUUUUAAUAAAGCUGGAAAACCUAGUACUAGGA